GCGUGUGUGUGUGUGUGUGUGUCACUCUCACACACGGACGCACGCGCACACUUGCACGCACGCACACAAUCCCUCGCAGCGACACAGAGGCGGAAACCGGGGGAGAAUCCAUCUGCCCUGCUCGGUGACCGACCCAACCGGUGGUGAAACGGAACAACCGGGUCUGGCUCGAGACGACACGGAGCCAUCCCGGGCUGGUCGAUGGUCCCCCGGUUGGGUUCGAGAAGAGAGAUAAUACUAAUAAUAAUGUAUAUAUUUAAAUAAACAAAGCGGAUAUGUAGGCUAUGCCCCCGAGAGCGCGAGAUCUACCAGUGACUGCACCACCUGCCCUCGCGCCGUUACCGAACCCUCAUUUCCCUCGCAGAUCAAUUAAUUCCUCCAUCACAGUUCGAUUCGGUCACUCUCUCUGGACUUAUCAGACAAUCACACAGACACACACACAAACAGACACACAACACAGACACACAACACAGACACACACACAGCUGUGGCCAUGAAGCGUGUCUGCGGUGUUUUGAGGGACACACUUCUUCCAAACACACGUGACCUACUUGACAUGUCAAACACAGGCCGUGCUCUAACACCUUCUGUGAAACACACACACACCCACGCACACGCCCACGCACACACACACACACACCCCGGCACGGCGGACACGCUGCACGCCCGCCUUGGAGGUUACCCAGCAGCCACUGCUCUGUUCAGCCCCGACGCCAAGACCGCCUCCACCCUCCUCAUCAGCCUCUCAGAAUCUACCCAGAAGGCCCAGCUGAAGCCUGGGCUUGAAGUUGACCAGGAGCCCAAGAGAGAUGACUCUCCGGCAGGGCAGAGGGUACAGCAGGAGGAACCUGGUCCGGUACUCUCUCCAGAUGGCCCCGGCGAAAGUCCAGAGCCGCCCACACUCACACACACACCGACACACACACUCACGCACACACCCACACCUACAAACACACCCACACUCACACACACUACCCAAGAGGACCCUUCUGAAACUGUGGCCUCUGACCUCCUGAGAAAACUAGCAGAGCGGCAGGAAGUGAGCUGUUGGCCAGUGAAGGUCAAGCAGGAGGAGGAGGAGCCGUUGGAAAUUGGUCCCGCCCACAUUUACAAUCAACCAAUCACAGAGCAGAUGUGUCUCUCUACAAUGAACGGGAGUAAUAACAUGCCCAACAUCAAAACAGAAGAGCAAGAACUGUGUGGAGCCACGAUGCCUGACCCCAUGAACCCCAGAUCCAACAUGGCCGAUCAUGUCAUCAAAACUGAAGGCGGAAGGUUCCAUUGUGGAGAAUCGAUGGGGGAGCAGAUUGAAACCGACGCAACCCCCGGAGCAAAGAUGGCAGAGCAGUGUCUGAAAGCCGUGCUAUGGCAGGACAUGUCUGUCAACCUGGCCUCCACUCUUCUACACCAGCUUUCAGAGAGGGCCAGCAGGACCAGCCUACAAACGGAGAGGACUGCGCCCUCUACUGGAACCAGUCCUGCAUUGAAACUGAACGUGGAACAAACACCUGCCCCAGCUUCAGAACUAGAGUCUGGAAACACUCCAGGGAUGGAAAUUUCAGACGGGACCAAGAAUUACUUCUACAGGUGUCACGUGUGCGGGUUUGAGACGGAGGGGCGUGGCCUGUUCCAUGGGCACAUGACGGAGCACCGCCAAUGGGAGCGAAGAUCUUUCUCUCUGCAUUGCUGUGUGUGUGACCACUCAGCCAAUCAGGAGACAGACAUGCAGGCGCACACGGACACACACACAGCCGGAGAAACACAUACGCCUGGAGAAGCACACACACCUGGAGAUACACCUGCUAUGGCUGGGGAGAUGAGAUGCCCCUUCAACCCCCCCACCUCCAGCAGUGUUCCAGUUGCCAUGGAGACCCAGCCCCAGAGUGCCGAGCAUCGCUGCCGCAUCUGCCAGAGGUCGUUUCCGGGGCAACAGGAGCUCCUGGUUCACUUCAAGGGUCAUCGUCAAGGCAACCAGUACAGGUGCGACAGGUGCGGUCACCUGACGCGGACAGCCAACAAGCUGGUGGAGCACGUGCGCGUGCACACCGGGGAGCGCCCCUUCACCUGCCACCUGUGCCCCUACAGCGCCAAGCGCCGGGACAGUCUGCGUCUGCACUGCAAGGUCAAGCACGGCGCCCAGGCCGCCGUGCACGCUCCCAGCACCGUGCACACCCACCGCUCCUACGUGCACGGCGGCGGCGACAGCGCGCGGGGCUCCAAACACACGGAGCUCCUGCACAAACACGCCCCGGCCAGCUCCCCUGCUCUGCACCCCUCGCUCACAGACCUCUCCCCGCUCCUCUCCAUCACCACCCUUCUGUCCCUGAAACACACGCCCCCUGCAGCCCCUACUGCCGCCCCCCCCCCCUCCUCCUCCUCCUCCUCCUCCUCCUCCUCCUCCUCUUCCUCCUCCUCCUCCUCCUCUGCUCAACACAUCUUCUUCAGCUACCUGGGGCUAACUGACUCCUCCUGAACCUCUCCCCUCUCCUCUGCUCUCUCCUCUAGUCUCUACCCUUUCCUUGACUAUCGUCUCUCUCCUCUCCUCUCCUCUCUCUCUCUCUCUCUCUCUCUCUCUCUCCCUCCUCAUCUCUCCCCUCUCCUCUGCUCUCUUUUCCUCUUCCCAAACUCCUCUCCUCUUCUUUUCUGCUCUAUGUGAACUGCUGGAGCUAAAAGCUAAUUGAGCUCAAGGCUGUCAGUGUAAUGUGUUUGAGAAUGUAAGCUAGCUCUUAUAAUGCUUGGUUCGCUAUAGCCUUAGAUAGAAGGGUUCACUGGGUCUGCUGCAGCCAGCCACAUCCUCUCACCUUUACAUGUAUAAUCCAUGUUUAACAGUUCUUUCAUAUCAUAAAGCAUGUCUUACUUCUCUUUCACUAACAAAACUUUAUACUGGGAGCUGCCUAGUACAACCACAGUCUCCUACUGGUGGGUACUGGGAGCAGACCCAUACAACCACAGUCUUCUACUGGUUCUACUCUGAGCUGCCCAGUGCAGCCAGUCUUCUUCUAGUGGACACUGGGAGCAUCCCAGUACAACCACAGUCUUCAACUGAGGGCGAGGUCACUGCCAUUAUGGAGAUUGUGAUAUUUUCCCAGCUGGUUUGGGAAUCGAACCAGAGUCCUGUCUGAUGGUUGAAUAAGCUGAACAUCACUCCAUCCCAUAAUAGUUGGGCCCUGUUGUCCCACCAUCACUGGGAGGGGGUGGGCGGGGUGUUAUUUGUAAAUUAUUGAUGUGUUUGUGUUUACAGGAUUGCAUAAUGCUCCUAAGUUAAACGGCCAUGAAUCUUGAAUAUUUGUAAGAGGUACAAGAUGUACUUUACCAUCCCUGUUUAUGUUUCCAGACGAGCACCUGUCAGAGUUAGCAGCAGAUGUAAAGGUAUCCAACACCUGUCAGCAUUAGCGAGAGAAGACGAUUGGUUGUAAGAGCCCAUGUCAUGUGAUCAGGGUCGACACGACCUCUUGAAAACCCAGGAAGCACUUUGCCUAUUAUCAAUGUUACACCUGCAUGACGCUGCACGGAUCCACCAAUCAUAAGAGCCCAAAGGCUGUCGCAAGGGAAACACUAAGCUGUCAAACAUCCAGAAGACCAUCUCUCAGGAACCCAGCCCUCGCCUUCCCACAUACACCCAUAGCAACAGAACGACUGUCUCUCUCAUAGCAACAGACAGACUGUCUCUCCCAAAGCAGCAGGUCGACUGUCCCUCCCAUAGCAACAGACAGACUCUCUCCCUUAGCAACACACCGAUCAUCUCUACCAGAGCAACAGACGUACUGUACCCAGACAACACCCAGAUAAUCCGGGUCGCCUCAGUGCUCAGCCCUCGGGGGGCCGGGGCCUUGAAGGGUUUGCCUCUAAUGUGAUAGUGUUCUAUAGGAACCAAUGGAAUCAAAUCUGUUGUCCUGCCAACAAGGGCCAUACAUCAUCACGAUUGCGCAGUGAUAUCAUGUCUAUUAUAUUUAUAAACGUUCAUGCCUUGGCCAUGUUUGUCAGCUGUUUCAAUAUUUUCUAGCUUGCUUUGCCUGAUUUCACUUAUUUGGCUAACAGCUGUUACCAGACUGUUAAUAGUACCAACUGGUGAAUUAAAAUGCUAAUAAAUAUGAAUGUAAAACUCAA